AAAUAUUAAUCAGCAAAAUGCAUCUACCUCGGUCAUGUCUGUUCAAUACAGUGUCAGUGCAGCUGCUGCAAAAGAAGAUUUUUACAUUGGCAUAUUUACUAGUGACUGUGAAUGUGUUGCAGUUCUAAAAGAUAAUCUCAAUUUUAAAGCACAGUCUGAACAACAUCUUAAAUUCAGUGCUGAAGUUUCUCAGUCCAGCAGUUUAAAUAAACCUGACGAAUCCUGGCUCCUCGUCCAGAUGUUUACAUAACACGUGGUUGUAAAAAAAACCCAGAUGUAAGCACGCCCUUUGUGGUGGAUGCUGGGUAUUGAAGUACGUUUUCCGUUUUACCCGUGCUGACUUUCUGAAACAAAACUACAACUCCCACCAUGCAUUUCAACACCAAAUUGGGUGGGGCCGUAUUGGAGAGCUAUUGAGCAGCUGAGCCUCUGACAGUGGCAGUUGGCAGAGGAGAGUUUUAGAUACCGGUGGGAGAGCAGCCCUAAAAGAGAGCAGCCCUAAUAACAUUUAAAUUUAAAUUUUCCAAAAUAAACGAAACAGAUACGCAGAUUACAUCGGGUACCAUUAUGGAAGCAAGAAAAAUAUUUGUUAAGAACUUUAUGUCAUAAAGACCGAAGGAAUCUAAAAAAAGUAAGAACUGUGGCAAAAUCCAUCAGAUAAACACCUCCGACGUAAAGGAGAAAUAAACAUCAGCCGUGUUAUAGUUUUCAUUUACUCUCGAAUACGCUGGAAUUGGAAAUACGCGCCGCGUUCCGUUAUCUGUGCCUGGAGAAUUAAAACCAGGCGAAAGUUGCUCGAAACUUGCGAAGGUGACUUCAUGAGAUGCAUUUAAACUGACGCCAGCCCACCUGCGAAACCAAACCGGCCUGGGGCGAUAUUGCUCCACGUUAACCCGCGCAGAAGAGGUGCCAGGGGUGAGCGAUCAUGGACCAGCCGCAGAAGGAAUUCCUGUUCAAGGUUCUCGUGAUCGGAGACCUCGGGGUCGGAAAGACGUCGAUCAUCAAGCGCUACGUGCACCAGAUUUUCUCCCAGCACUACAGGGCCACCAUCGGCGUCGACUUCGCGCUCAAAGUCAUCAGCUGGGACGACCACACGGUGAUCAGACUCCAGCUCUGGGAUAUUGCAGGUCAGGAGCGCUAUGGCAACAUGACGCGGGUGUACUACCGCGAGGCCGUGGGGGCGUUCGUGGUGUUCGACGUCACUAGGGUGUCCACCUUCGACACGGUGCUCAAGUGGAAGGGCGACCUGGACUCCAAGGUGACCCUGGCCGGCGGCAAGCCCGUUCCCGCCGUCCUGUUGGCCAACAAGGCGGACCAAUCGCGCGAGGGCCUGAGCCCGCAGCUGCCCAGGCUGGAUGCGUUCUGCAAGGACAACGGGUUCGUGGGCUGGUACGAGACCUCCGCCAAGGAGAACAGCAACAUCGAGGCGGCGGCGCGUUGCCUGGUGGAGAAUAUCCUGGCCAACGAGGAGAGCUCCGGCACAGACCCGGACCCGGGACUGGUCCUGCCGGGCCACAACAACAACGCCAAGCGCGAGUCCAGCGGCUGUGCCACCUGCUUCAAGCCUUAAAGAGCUCAAGACCUGGGGGGCAACAUUCCCGGCUGCCCGGACCGCGGGAACGCACAAAAAAACUGGAAAAAAAAAGUCAUUCGCUCCUUACACCGUUCCUGGAGAGGAGUCUUUCCGGGAAACUGAAACAGGCUGUCUUGAGCCCAUGAAAGACUUCAGCCCAGAGGUCAGAUUAGUAUUAGAAUCCAAAAUGAGGGAAGUGGAACCCAGCCUACUAAAGAGGGCCAAGUGUACAGUGCUGCAAACCUGUCUGCUCUGGCACUGCAAAGAGACGUUUGUGCAUAAUGUCCCAGUGGCCGCAGCACUGCCUGGACUGGUGCGGGUGAUUGACUGCUUGGGAGAUAUUGCACCCCGAUAGACAGACUCUGUGGUGGAGUAGCCCGGUGGGUUCUUAAUGGCAACGCUGAAGGGCUCAGGUCUAUUAUGUUGAUUUUUGUACCAAAGCAAGUGUACAGCAAGGCUUAGAAUUUCUGCAUCUGCGCUCCCCAGAAGAGCCUUCCACGUUUUAUAUACCUAGAUGACCUGAACAUUGAUUUAGCAAAGAAAAUGCUGGUUUACAUUAAGGUUUCUCAACGUUUAUGGAUAUCAUUGUGGUAAACAUUUAGAACAAGGACUACUGGAUACUUCCAUAGCAUAGCUAUAAUAAAAACUACACAGUGUUCAAAUGCAUUCACACCUAUUUGCUGGAAAAUAAAUGCUGUACGUUGAA